CAGAUGCAAAAUAGAGCAAAUUUCUUUCAACAAAUUUGCUUUAAAGGCCCCCACCCCCACCUUUUCAGAAAACCUAUAAGAUCAGCAAAUGCUGAUGAUACUGAUACAUAGCCCUCGCUUUGAUUCCGAGGAUUGUUGACAGGGCCUAGCUUUCGAAUGGUCUGGCAUUAUUUGCACAUCUUCGGCAUGGAAAUAUUUGUGGGGGUAGCUUUCAGUGUUUCAUAGGUUUCGAAAGUCUGUUUAACGCAAAGGUUCAUAUUUUAGACUUGAAAAUAUCAGGGCCAGUAUGGUUUACAACUGCUUCUCAAAAACCUUUCUUAUUUUACACAUGCUUCUUGGAAGCUCCAAAGUACAGACUUUGCCAAAGGAGUUUGACAAUAUCCCUAAAAGCCACUUUAAGUAUUUUGGACUACCAUCAUUUGAGGCAGAGAAUUGCAAAGCAGAUGGCUUAGAAUGCAAGGUCAACAACAUCCCCCAAACCUUAAAAAGGAAGCAACUUUGUUGGGGUUAUGAAAAAGACUGUAAGCUGGAGAACAUGUUUUCAUAUCCAAAUUGCUUCUCUCAUGAUGCAAGAUGGGCUAGUAGUCUUGAAAAGCAACAACAAUUAUUCUGGGAACAGGGUGAUUUUGGAUAUUUGAAGAAGUUUAAAGAGGGCAUGCUAGAUAUUUGUAAACCAAAUUCAAAGGAAGAUUCCUCCUUAAUAUGUGCUGAGAAUAUGGUGUAUUGUGAAGCAAAGAACAUCUUCAUCAAUUUCAAAAACUUGCACACAUCCAGUAGCAAUGACAGGUUCAAGGAAGAUGUAUUUAAACAGGGAGAAAUUGGUGGGCAUUGCUCCCUCAACCAAGUGUUACUUCGCCAACAGGGUUCUCACAAGAGCCCACUUCAGUCAUGGUUUGCUGAGCUUCAAAGCUAUACAUCCCUUGAUAAAGAUCCUAUACAGACUGGAUCUUGUCACAUUGUGAUUGAAAAGCCUGUAUAUUUUAUAAAACUAGAUGCAGGUAUAAAUAUGUUCCAUCAUUUCUGUGACUUUGUCAAUCUGUACGCCUCUCAACACAUGAAUGGUAGUUUUUCCACUGACAUCUAUAUCGUUAUGUGGGACACAUCCAACUACCCAUACAGAGAUUUCUUUGAAGACACAUGGAAAGCCUUUACCGAUUAUCCUAUUAUUCGUCUCAAUGAAUACGAAAACAAAAAGGUGUGUUUUAAAGAUGCAGUCUUUCCUUUACUGGCUCGCAUGAUAAGAGGGCUGUAUUACAAUAUGCCAUUGGUACCAGGCUGUCAGAAAGCGGGAUUGUUCAAAGCAUUUUCUGAACACGUGCUUCACAGAUUGAAGAUCAAACAAGACUCGUACGAGGAUGAUGUUGUUCGGGUCACUCUGCUUGUUAGGAACACCCAAUACAGGAAUAUCUUGAACCAAGACGAGUUAAUUGGUGCAAUGAAAAGAUACAAAUCUUUGAAUGUCACUGCCGUGGAAUACAACUUGGCGAUCCUGUUUUCAAAGCAGCUGCAAAUUACCCAUAAUGCAGACGUAUUUAUUGGAAUGCAUGGGGCUGGCCUCACGCAUUUGCUCUUUCUUCCGGACUGGGCGUCUGCAUUUGAAUUGUACAAUACUGAAGAUCCUAAUUGUUAUCAAGAUCUCGCAAAUCUGAGAGGCGUGCACUACAUUACUUGGCAACGAAGAGAGAAACUAUUUCAGCAAGACGAGGGACAUCAUCCUACUCUUGGCAAACAUUCAAAAUUCACAAAUUAUGCUUUUGAUGUUGAUGAAUUUAUGCGACUUUUAGAGACUGGGAUUAAAAGUGUUUUGGCCAAUAGGCCUAAAAGAAAAGUACCUUAAUAUCUUAAUAUUGUAAUUCAAGAAGACCUAGUCUUGUAGUAGCUUUUCGUUGAUGUAUAAAGUUCUUUUCCUGUAAGGAUAGAAA